AUGCUCGACCUCCAAGAUUUCAUCAAGGAGCGCGGUGGUGACCCUGAGAAGAUCCGCGACUCCCAGCGCCGUCGCCAUGCACCCGUCGAGAUUGUCGACGAGGUUAUCGCUCUGUGGGAUGACCACCGCAAGACCCAAUACUCUGCGACGCAGAUCGGAAGCGAGAUCAACGCUGUGCAGAAGGAGAUUGGUAUGAAGAAGAAGAACAAGGAGAACGCCGACGACCUGCUCAAGAAGAAGGAGGAUCUCCAGAAGCAGAAGAAGGACAAGGAGGAUGAGGCGACAGCUAAGCUCGUCACGCUCAACGCCAAGGCCAAGAGCAUCGGAAACUACGUUCAUGAGUCCGUUCCCAUCAGCGACAACGAAGACAACAACGUCACGGAGCGCGAAUGGAAGCCCGAGGCCGGACUCGGUGCCAAGACUGAGCAGACGCUUAGCCACCACCAGAUUGUUACCAGACUUGCAGGCUACGACCCUGAGCGCGCUAUCAAGCUUGUCGGUCACAGAGGAUACUGCUUGACCGGCUACGGACUGUUCCUGAACCAGGCGCUCAUCAACUACGGUCUUGAGUUCCUCUUCAACAAGGGAUACACUCCCAACCAGCCUCCCUUCUUUAUGAACCGCAACCAGAUGGCCAAGACCGCCCAGCUUGAGGAUUUCGACGAGGAGCUGUACAAGGUUACGGGUGAUGGUGAAGAGAAGUAUCUCAUUGCUACCAGUGAGCAGCCCCUCUCCGCACUUCACAGCGAGGAGUGGAUCCAGGGCGGUCAGCUGCCCAUCAAGUACGCCGGUUACAGCACAUGUUUCCGCAAGGAGGCCGGCAAGCACGGCAAGGAGGCCUGGGGCCUGUUCCGUGUGCACCAGUUCGAGAAGAUUGAGCAGUUCAUCUUCUGCAAGCCCGAAGACAGCUGGAAGCACUUUGACGAGAUGAUUGCCGCUUCUGAGGAGUUCUACAAGAGCCUGGGUCUUCCCUACCGGGUUGUUUCCAUCGUCUCUGGUGCUCUGAACAACGCCGCCGCUAAGAAGUACGAUUUGGAGGCUUGGUUCCCCUUCCAGCAGGAGUACAAGGAGCUUGUGUCUUGCUCCAACUGCACGGAUUACCAGACCCGCGAGCUCGAGGUCCGUUACGGUGUCAAGAAGGCCAAGGAGGCGCCCGGUGGUGGCCGCAAGGAGUACGUCCACGCUCUCAACGCUACCCUCUGCGCUACCGAGAGAACCCUCUGCUGCAUCAUGGAGAACUACCAGACGCCCGAUGGCUUCAAGGUCCCCGAAGUGUUGCGCAAGUACAUCCCCGGUCAGCCCGAGUUCCUGCCCUACGUGGCCGAGCUCCCCAAGGAGAUCACUGUCGUUGCUGGCCAGAAGAAGAAAUAG